UGAGGAUGAAUAUGAGGAUGAGGAUGAGGAUGAGGAUGUUGAUGAGCCUCAAGAUGAGAAUGAGGAUGAAGAUGAUGAUGGUGAUAAUGAUGAUGAUGAUGAUGAUGUUGAUGAUGAGGAGGAUGAGGACGAGGUGGACUACGUUGAGGAUGAGUUCGAGUAUGAGGAUGAGGAAGAGGAUGCCGAUGAGGAUGGUGAUGGUGAUGAGGAUGAGGAUGAGGACGAUGAUCAUGAUCAUGAUGAUGAUGAUGAUGAUGAUGAUGAUGGUGAUGAUGAUGAAAAUGAUGAUGAUGAUGACGAUGAUGAUGAGGAUGAGGCUGAGGAUGAGGACGAGGAUGAGGAUGAGGAUGAUGUUGAGGAUGAGGUUGAGGAUGAUGAUGAGGACGAGGAUGAGGAUGAGGAUGACGAUGAUAAUGAUGAUGAUGAGGAGGUGUUGGACGAUGAUGAUGAUGAUGUGGAUGAGGAUGAGGAUGAUGAUGAUGUUGAGGAUGAUGAUGAUGAUGAUGAUGAUGAGGUUGAUGACGAGGAUGAUAAAGAUGAUGCAGAAGAUGACGAAGCUGAUGAUGAGGGUGAUGAUGAUGAGGAGGAUGGGGAUGAAGAUGCGGAUGAGGAUGAGGAUGAUGAUGAUGUUGAGGAUGAUGAGGUUGAUGACGAGGAUGAUAAAGAUGAUGCAGAAGAUGACGAAGCUGAUGAUGAUGAUGAUGAUGAUGAUGAUGAUGAGGAGGAGGAGGACGAGGAGGAUGAUGAUGAGGAUGAAAAUGAGGACGAGGAUGACGAUGAGGAUAAUGAUGAUGAUGACGAUAGGGAUGAAGAUGAGGUUGAGGAUGAGGAUGACGAUGGUGAUGAUGAUUACGGUAAUGAUGAUAAUGAUGACGAUGAUGAUGAGAAGGAGGUGCAGGAGGAGGAUGAGCCUGAGGAUGAGCUUGAGGAUGAGGAUGAGGAUGGUGAUGAGGAUGAGGAUGAUGAUGAUGUUGAGGAUGAUGAAGAUGAUGAUAAUGUGGUUGAUGACGAGGAUGAUAAAGAUGAUGAUGAUGAGGAUGAUGAUGACAAGGAGGAUGAUGAUGAGGACGAGGAUGAGGAUGAGGAUGAUGAUGACAAGGAGGAUGAUAAUGAGGAUGAAGAUGAAGACGAGGAUGAGGCUGAGGAUGAGCUUGAGUAUGAGGAUGAGGAUGCGGAUGCGUAUGUGGAUGAGGAUGACGAUGAAGAUGAUUAUAAUGAUGAUGACGAUGAUAAUGAUGAUGAUGAUGAUGAUGACGAUGAUGCGGAUGAGGAUGAGGAUGAGGAUGAUGAAGAUGAUGAUGACCUUGAUGAUGAUGAUAAUGAUGAUGAUGAUGAUGUUGAUGAUGAGGAGGAUGAGGACGAGGAGGAUUACGUUGAGGAUGAGUUCGAGUAUGAGGAUGAGUAA